AUGACUCGCUACGUUCAAUCUGAUCCAUAUCCCUAUCCUUACAACGGCGAUCUUCGAGCAGAAAACACAGCGCUGCUCGUUAUCGAUAUGCAGACCGAUUUCUGCGGUUACGGUGGCUAUGUUGACAAAAUGGGCUACGACCUUUCCCUAACUCGCACUCCGAUUGAGCCCAUUCAACGUGUUCUUGCAGCUGCUCGAGAGAAAGGUCUUCAUGUCUUUCAUACUCGUGAAGGACAUCGACCAGAUUUGAGUGAUUUGCCAGCAAAUAAGCGCUGGCGCAGUGCUCGAAUAGGUGCUGGCAUUGGUGAUCCUGGACCUUGCGGACGGAUUCUUGUAAUUAUGGAUGAAAUAAAACAAACAAAAACGAUUAAUUUACCAAAAAUAUUAACAAUCAAAUGGUUAAAAGACGCCUAUAAAAAAAAUCAAUUAAAACCAAAUGAGGUCAUCAAUGAAAUUAUUCAACGUGUAGACAGUGAUCGAGAAAUGAAUAUUUGGAUUAUACCACCAACUAUAAAACAUAUUGAAUUCUAUUUAAAUCGUCUUGAGAACAUGAAUCCGAAUGAUACACCAUUAUGGGGUAUACCAUUUGCUAUAAAAGAUAAUAUUGAUUUAAUAAAUAUUCCAACAACAGCUGGCUGUCCUAAAUAUACAUAUACACCAAAUGAAAAUGCCACUGUUGUUCAACGUUUAAUUCAAGCUGGUGCUAUUCCAUUAGGUAAAACAAAUUUAGAUCAAUUUGCAACCGGACUUGUUGGUACUCGAAGUCCUUAUGGUGAAACACAUAAUGCUUUGAAACCAGAAUUAAUUAGUGGUGGAUCGAGUUCUGGUUCGGCUGUGUCUGUUGCACGUGGUCAUGCCGUAUUUUCAUUGGGUACAGAUACGGCUGGUUCCGGACGUGUACCGGCCGGAUUAAAUCGUUUAAUUGGUUUAAAACCAUCAUUCGGUGUUUGGCCAAGCAAAGGUGUGGUACCAGCUUGUCAAAGUUUAGAUUGUGUAACACUAUUUACACAUGAACUUGAUGAUGCUAUAUUGAUUGAUACAAUUGUACGUGGUAUAGAUAAAACAGAUCCAUGGUCACGUGAUAUUCCACGUCAAUUAUCAUCACUAUCAAUAUUACCAGAUAAAAUUUGUUUGAUAAAUGAUCCAUCAAUUGAAUUUUUUGGUUCCUAUACUAUUGAAUAUCAACUAGCUUGGCAGAAAACAAUUGAACGGAUUCAACAAUUAAAUAUACCUAUUGAAUAUAUCGAUGGACAUGAUUUUGCUGAAGCAGCAUCGAUAGUAUAUGGUGGUCCUUGGAUAGCCGAACGUUGGUCAGAUUUAGAUGAAUUUGUUAACGAUCAAGAACCGAAUACAAUUUUUCCUGUAACAGAAAAUGUUUUACGUUCAGGUACAAAUCCGAAUUAUACUGCUUCGUUCUUAUUCAAAACUAUACAUCAAUUACAAAAAUUGAAAUGUCGAACACAUCAACAAUUAGAGAAUGCUGUUCUAAUUAUGCCAACAUCGGGUGGUACAUGGACACGUGAACAAGUACGACAAAAUCCUAUUCAAACAAAUAAUGAUAUGGGACGUUAUACAAAUCAUUGUAAUUUAUUAGAUUUAUGUGCUAUUGCUAUACCAUCCGAUGAUGCUACCAAUGAUGUACCAUUUGGUAUAACAUUAUUUUCGAAAUAUAAUAAUGAACAUCUUAUAUCGAAUUUAGCUAAUUUGUUUUUAAAAUAUCAAACAAUGACGAAAAAAACACAACAAGAAAUUACAACAUUUGUUGUUGUAUGUGGUUUACAUAUGCGUGGUUUAUCACUUGAAAAACAAAUGUUAGAGCAUCGAAGUAAAUUUAUUCGUGAAGAUGAAACAGCACCUUAUUAUAAAUUAUAUCAAUUAUCAACAAUACCAUCAAAGCCAGGCUUAGUACGUACUGCAGAAAAUAGUAAUGAAGGUACAUCAAUAAAAGUUGAAGUAUGGGAAAUGCCAUUAUCAUCAUUUGGUGCAUUUACAGCACAAAUUCCAUCACCAUUAAGUAUUGGUAAAAUUAUUUUAAAAGAUGGAAGUCAAAUACCAGGAUGUGUCUGUGAAUCCUAUGCAAUACAUAAUGCUGUCGACAUUACACCAUUACGUAGCUGGCGUGCAUUUGUUAAGGAUAAUGUGGUAUAG